AGAACACUUUAUCAGUCCUGCCCCCAAUUUUCUCACGCCCCUUGGUGACCCACGCUCCUGCCACCUUGCCCUCCAGCAAUGAAUGAGUGGUCUCCUGUCCAUAUGGAUCCGUCUUUGCAGAAUAUCACCAACGAAACCACACGGGCUGUCGUGUUUGAACCUAGCUACUUAGCAGAACAGGUUAAGGUUGAUCUUUGUUGUGAGUACUGUUGCUAAGUGGUAUCCUACGUAUGGGUGGACCAUUUUGAUGCCAUCUUGGGGACAAAGAAAGAAAGAAAAGAACUUUGACCAAACUGACCUUGAGUGGGUCCCUUACUGGAGCGAACGACAUUAAAUUCUCUCCCUGGGCGUAGUUAGGUCUGGAGAGACAGAGGUAGUGGUGACAGAAAGAGAGACGUGCCCUCUCUUGCAUGCCCCAAUCUGUGGAUUGUGAGACUCAUAAUCCCUUUGGUGACUGAUGGAUUAGUUUAGAUUUGGACAAUAGGGACCCCACUGACCUGAAAGAGAGCACAGGCUGGGCUCACAGCCCCUGUCCCCAGGCUUUAUGACACCACUGCUGAGUCAUAGAGGUCCUGCCAGCCCCAGUGAAGCCCUCUCGCGGUUCCUGCUGAUGCUGGAGCCCCUUGGGCAGAGUUUGGCCGCCUGGUGCCCAUGGGGGAGGAUGGAGUUUCUCGGAACCUCUCAGGCCGCCAGCUACUGUGGCCCCAAGAAGCCCUGCGCCUUGAUGGCGCCGCCCGAGGCUGUGCAGAGCCCGGCCGUCCACGAGUGCUACCCGCCCUACCACCUGCCCGGGUACCGCUACCUCAACUCGUGGAGACCCAGCCUCUUCUACCAGGUCUCCGACGGCCAGGCCUGCCCGGAUGAGUGUCGCCGCAGCCCCCUGCGCCCGCCCACCAUCCUGCCCGCGCUCGGCUCCGCGCUCUUCUGUCGCUACAGUGCCCAGGACUGGGACCAGGCCACCCAGCUGCAGCUGCGGGGCGCCGAGGCCUCGCGCCUGUGGGCUGGCCGGCUGACCGGCGACACCAGGAGGCUCAUGCAGGACAAGGACCAGCUGACGCGCCAGAUGCAGGAGGGGAUGUCCCGGGACCUGGGCCAGAGACUGACGGACAUCGGCUUCUGGAAGUCGGAGCUGUGCUACGAGCUGGACAGGCUUCUGACCGAGAACCGCAGCAUGGACACCCUCAAGAGGCGGCUGGAGCGCGGCGCCGAGGAGCUCAACUGUCCGCUGCAGGUGGCCCUGGAGUGUCUCUACCAUCGAGAGAAAAGGAUCGGGAUUGAUUUGGUCCAUGACAGCGUGGAGAAGAACCUUAUCCGGGAAGUAGAUUUGCUAAAAUGUUGCCAAGAACAGAUGAGACAAUUAGCUCGCCAGAUCGACAUCCAGAUGCGGGAUAACCGAGAUGCUCAGCACGCCCUGGAGGGAGACAUCGAGGACAAAAACUCUGCCGAGUGUAUUGAGUGCUUUAACCUGAGGAGCACGUCGGACUGCAUCUCCUUCUUCCAUGGCAUGGAGAAGUGUGACGGCAAGAUUUCCGUGCCUGAUACCUGGGCCAAGUUCAGCAACGACAACAUCAGGCACUCUCAGAACAUGCGGGCCAACUCCAUCCGGCUGCGGGAGGAGGCAGAGCACCUCCUCGAGAGCUUGUCCGACCAGCUGUGGAAGCAGUUCAGGGACACCAACCUGGCCUUCAACGCCCGCAUCGCCGAGGAGACGGAGGCGAAGAACAAGCUGCAGACACAGCUGGCUAAGACGCUGCAGGAGAUCCUCCAAGCGGAGAACACCAUCAUGUUGCUGGAGAGGGCCAUCAUAGCCAAGGAGUGCCCGCUGAAGGUGGCGCCGACCAGGCUGGCAUGCCGGAACCGGCGGCCCAACGUGGAGCUGUGUGGGGACAUCCCGCAGUUCAGGCUGGUGAAGGAGGCGUUCACCAUUGACGACACCCUGCAGACCCUCAAGCUGAGGCUGCGAGAGACCCAGGACACGAUACAGCUGCUGGUGAGGACCAAGUCCCGGCUGGAGCACGAGCUGGCCAUCAAGGCCAACACCCUGUGCAUCGACAAGGAGAGGUGCAUGUCCAUGCGCAAGGCCUUCCCCAGCACGCCCCGCCUGAUGGGCCACACCUGCUCCGCCCCCGUCAGCCCUUGCGCCUGCUCUGCUCGGGUUUGUUAAAGGGCACACACUUGGAAAAGACCCCAAAAUAAAGUGUCAUUUACUCCCUUUCCUCCUAUCAUGAAAAAAAAAGUAUAUGUACCUGUAUAUAUAAAGAGCCCAAAUAAAUAUGCCCAAAUCGAA